AUGUCAGUUUUAAUUGAAAAAACAUUAUUGAAUUUUGGUGAUUUGGAUCCUUAUCCAAAUUUUGAUUUAACAAAAAUCUUACGUCCCGGUUAUGAGAAAUCAGAGGAAUUAAAAACUGCUGAUGAACAAGUUAAACGUUUAUUUACGUUAGAAUUUGGCACUAAAGAUGACAUUUUAGAAUAUUACACGAAUCAUCUUGUCAAAGCUGUUCAACGACAUCCAUUAGAUCAAUCAUCCUAUGAAGUUUUAAUUGCAAAGAUAACAGCAAGAAUUCGAAUGCAUAUUGUUGACGGUGACAAGGAUCCAUUUAGUAUGAAACGACGAAAAACGGUAGGAGAUUUACAUGUGAUGCGUAAUUAUUUAUUAAAUAAAUUAAUGCAUAGUGAUUAUGAUGUUUAUGAAUGGUUAAAAUCGAUAUUACGUAUUGAACAUCAACAUGAAAAUCCAUUUGCUCAAGUUGAACAUAAUGCUCGUGAACUUGAAAGAAUGAAAUUACAACAACAAGCAUUUGACAUUGUGCAAAAGAAAAAAGAUGAACUUAAAUUACGUUUUGCAAAUGAAAAACAAAAAUUUCAGUUGGAAAAAGAACAAUUAUUAAUAGAUAUAGAAAAAGAUUUACAAAAUUUACGGUUAGAUAUAAUAAAAUAUAAUGAAAUUCGAAAACAGAGAACACGAACGAAAGUUGAAUAA